UUGGUGGUGAGGAUUCAGGCUCCGUCCUGACGAGGCCGCGGCCUGAGGCUCAGGGCCCCCCAGCCCCUCCCUCCCAGCCCACCAGCGUCACCCCCCAGCCCCGAGCUGGACCGCACACCUUGGGACACGGUUUUCCACUUCCUAAGGACGAGCCCCAGACUGGAGGAGAGGUCCGAGGAGGUGGGCGUUGGACUCUUCGCCAGGACCCCGGCGGCGGGCCCCGGGGAGGCGGCCGAGGCGGCGGCGGCCGGGGGCGACAUGGCGGAGGAGCAGGACCUGUCCGAGGUGGAGCUGAGCCCCGUGGGCUCCGAGGAGCCCCGCUGCCUGUCCCCAGGGAGCGCGCCCUCGCUGGGGCCCGACGGCGGCGGCGGCGGCGGCGGCGGCGGCGGCGGCGGCGGCGGUGGCGGCGGCGGAUCGGGCCUGCGAGCCAGCCCGGGGCCCGGCGAGCUGGGCAAGGUCAAGAAGGAGCAGCAGGACGGCGAGGCGGACGAUGACAAGUUCCCCGUGUGCAUCCGCGAGGCGGUCAGCCAGGUGCUGAGCGGCUACGACUGGACGCUGGUGCCCAUGCCCGUGCGCGUCAACGGCGCCAGCAAGAGCAAACCGCACGUCAAGCGGCCCAUGAACGCCUUCAUGGUGUGGGCGCAGGCGGCGCGCAGGAAGCUGGCCGACCAGUACCCGCACCUGCACAACGCGGAGCUCAGCAAGACGCUGGGCAAGCUGUGGAGGCUGCUGAACGAGAGUGACAAGCGCCCCUUCAUCGAAGAAGCCGAGCGGCUCCGAAUGCAGCACAAAAGGGACCACCCGGACUACAAGUACCAGCCCCGGAGGCGGAAGAACGGGAAGGCGGCCCAGGGGGAGUCAGAGUGUCCCGGCGGCGAGGCCGAGCAGGGUGGGGCCGCCGCCAUCCAGGCCCAUUACAAGAGCGCCCACCUGGACCACCGGCACCCCGGAGAGGGCUCCCCCAUGUCAGACGGGAACCCUGAACACCCCUCAGGCCAGAGCCAUGGUCCACCUACCCCUCCGACCACCCCAAAGACAGAGCUGCAGUCGGGCAAGGCAGACCCCAAGCGGGAUGGGCGCUCCAUGGGGGAGGGCGGGAAGCCUCACAUCGACUUCGGCAACGUGGACAUCGGUGAGAUCAGUCACGAGGUAAUGUCCAACAUGGAGACCUUUGAUGUGGCCGAGUUGGACCAGUACCUGCCACCCAACGGGCACCCGGGCCACGUGGGCAGCUACUCGGCAGCCGGCUACGGGCUGGGCAGCGCCCUGGCUGUGGCCAGUGGACAUUCCGCCUGGAUCUCCAAGCCACCGGGUGUGGCUCUGCCCACGGUCUCGCCACCCGGUGUGGAUGCCAAAGCCCAGGUGAAGACGGAGACCGCGGGGCCCCAGGGCCCCCCGCACUACACCGACCAGCCAUCCACCUCGCAGAUCGCCUACACCUCCCUCAGCCUGCCCCACUACGGCUCUGCCUUCCCCUCCAUCUCCCGCCCCCAGUUUGACUACUCUGACCAUCAGCCCUCAGGACCCUAUUACGGCCAUUCAGGCCAGGCCUCUGGCCUCUAUUCGGCCUUCUCUUACAUGGGGCCCUCGCAGCGGCCCCUCUACACGGCCAUCUCUGACCCCAGCCCCUCAGGGCCCCAGUCCCACAGCCCCACGCACUGGGAGCAGCCAGUAUACACGACGCUGUCCCGGCCUUAAAGGGGGCCCUGUCGUCACCACCCUGCCCGGCCCCUCUGGGUAGCAUGCCCCGUCCCCCAGCCUUUGUGCCCUGUUCCUCGCCCAUCUCAGACCUGGUGGUGGGCCGUGGAGGAGGGUGCAGAGGCUGACAGCGGAGAGAAGGCUUUCUGUCUGGCUCACUGCCUUUGAUGACCCCACCCCGUCCUACCCAGGCUCCAGCCCAGGCAAAGCCCCGGGCUCCUAGGCUGGGCAGAGGAGAAGGAGGUUGAUUGUCGCCCCUAGACUGAACGAUGAGGGGCCGCACCUUCCCCCCCCCCCCCGCCCCCCCCCCCCCCCGGAAUGACCCUCACCCCAGGACCUGAGAAAGACCCACUCUCACCCUCCUCUGGGGGUGGGGGAGGCAGCCGGGGCUGGGCAGGAACCGGAGGCCUUGCCGUACCUUGUGCCCGUGUUCGCGCUCUCGUGGAGAAUGAGGGGUCUGACAUAGCCCUUGCCACUGUGCCUAAGAUCAAAGCCAGAGACCUGCAUGAUGCCUGCAGUGGGCUACAUCCGCCCUGGGGGGUGGGGAGGACAGCUUUGAAAGCCUGGGAGGGGAGGGGUCUCAGAGGGAGGUCUCCUUAUCCCCUCAGCGCCCCCUCCCCUUCCGGACACAGGCAGGAGUUGGUACAGAGGCCUCGAGAUGCAAUUCUGUGCCCACCAAACCCCCUUCUUCGUCUAACGGAGAAAGAGGCCCCGGUCCUCCUCCUCCUCCUCCUCCUCCUCCUCCUCUGCCACAGCCUCCCAGACCUGGAGGCACAGCCCAGGUGAGGAGGCAGGGCCCCAGGCAAGGGUUCAGAGACAAUUCACAGAGCCUUCCUCCCAGGCUCCCCGCCGCCUCGCCCCUCACCAGGCUCUGCGGUCCCUGCUCUGUCAGCCCCAACUCCUCAGGCUUCCCAGAGUGUUGUAGCUGCUCAGGCCCCGACCCUCAGCUCCGGGAGGAGACGCGGGGCCCGGCGCCCAGGUGGCUGGGAGCAGGCCGAGGACACUAAACUCCCGACAUGUACAUUCUGCCCUGGCCUUUUGCCCUAUGCUUCCCAGUGGUAUCUGAAUAAAGUAUGUAGCUCUGUCUGCCCCCAUCUUCCUGUUCUGCAGCCCCCACAGUCCACAUGUAACUCAUGACUGCCCCCUUUUAUUUAUCUCAGUAGCUCCCUCUCCCCUCGCCCCCGUCCUAGGUACUCCAGCCCCUAUUAACUCUGCAUUAAGCCUUCCACAUAAUAAAAUUAAAG